ACACCGUCGGUGCUCGCAAGUGACCACAAUGCAUCCGGGCAGACAGCCGUAGUCGUCGGAACUCUCGUCGGAACUCUCGUCGCUGCAUCUCUGAUCGGUGAAACUUCGCAGCUUCUUUACGCCGCGAAAGAGUUCUUCAAAGUCUUUCCGUGCGCACGCUUCCUCGAGAUGAACAACCACACCCCGUCUCUCGCACUUCUCGGCGGACGUAUCACCAGGGGCGACGUACGAUCCGGGAACAACUGACGGAUUGCAGCAACCGUUCCUCCGAACAAGACGCCGUCCGCCGCUCCUUCGUCUUAACCGGUCAUCGCGCGCACCACCUGCCGAAUCCCUCAGAUUACGGCACUGGGGAAGUUCAUCGGCCGACAGUGUAUGUCUGUGGAGUUCGCCGAACUUGGGAGUUGUGUGUGUGCCUCAGAAAGGUGUUUCGCGCGGAGCCGGAAGUGCAUGAUGACCGGGAAAGACGGCGCCCCCAUCGACCGGAAGCUGGUCGUCGUGGGAGACGGUAACUGCGGCAAGACUUGUCUCCUGGUUACGUACUGCAGCGACAGUUUCCCGGACGUCUACGUGCCGACGGUUUUCGAGACGUACAGCAAGUUCGUCGAGUCCAACCAUCAGAGGGUUCGACUCUCCCUUUGGGACACGGCUGGGGAAGAGGACUACGACCGCCUGCGGCCCCUCUCGUACGGACAGGCCAACGUGGUGCUGAUGUGCUUCACGAUCGACAACCCCGACAGCCUCACCAACGUGGAGUUCAAGUGGGAGCCCGAGAUCCGUCACUACCUUCCGAAGGUGCCCAUCGUGCUCGUCGGAAACAAGAAGGACAUCCGCGACGACUACCGGCCGCCGCUGGUUCUCCCGCGCAACUACAAGCCUCCCGUGACUUCGUCCGAGGCGCGAGCCGUGGCCAGUCGCAUCAGGGCGGCGGCCUACGUCGAGUGCUCGGCGCUCAAGAAGAUCGGCGUCAGGGAGGUCUUCGACGCGGCCAUCAAGGCGUCGCUACAGCAGCAGCCAGGAGGAAAGAAGCAGCGCCGGUGUUGCGUGCUGUAGCAUGAAACACAAAAGAGCAAGUCAUUGUCAAGCAUGAACAUUUACGUCCGUCACCGUCCCUGCCAGGGCAGUUAGCCCAGCAUCGUGUUACUGCGUCAUUCAAAACAAUGCCCAAAUCAAAAGCUGUUCAAUAAAGAAAUAUUCCCUUCCGU